AAGCUAUGUUUCAGAUGCCUCAGGUAUGAAUGAAGAUGAAGUGGAGUCCAAGCUUAAAGACCAUCAUCCUUCAUACAACCCACAGAGUGAACCUCCUGAUAUUGAGCCUGGGAUGCUAUUUGAGGACAACAUUCAAUUUAAGAGUGCCCUAAUUAAAUAUGCUGUGCACCACAAGAAGAAUAUAUUCUUUAAGAGGAACGAACCAAUGAGAGUCCGGGCACAAUGCAUUCAGGAAAACUGCCCUUUUUCCUGUUAUGCAAGCUGGGAAGAAAGGUUCAAAUGCUUCCAAGUUAAAAGCAUGCAGACCAAACACUUAUGUAACCCAAAGUUCAAGUUGAGAGUUGUGUCUGAAAAAUGGAUAGAAGAGAAAUAUGAGGAUAAGGUUAGAGAUGACCCCUGUAUUGGGUAUGUGGCCUUAAAGGAGCACAUAGAGGCUGAACUGGGCAUUCAUGUUUCAUUUAGCAUGGUGAGGAGGGCUGUACGAGGCAUUAAGAAGAGAAUAAAUGCCAGCUUUGCAGAACAGUUUAACAGGCUUAGAGAUUACGCUCAAGAGUUGCUGGAUUCUAUUCCCAACAGUACCAUCAAGAUCAUGACUUCCACAGUAGUUGAUGAUGGCCCAUGCUUCUUCCAGAGAUUUUAUUGCUGCUUUGGUCCAAUGAAAAAGGGUUUCUUAGAAGGCUGCAGAAAGAUAAUUGGGUUAGAUGGAUGUUUCUUAAAAGGCUUAUUGAAGGGAGAAAUACUCACAGCAGUUGGAAGGGAUGCAAACAACAACAUGUACCCUAUUGCAUGGGCAAUUGUUGAGAUUGAAAAUACCUCAUCCUGGUCAUGGUUUAUAGAGCUGUUGAAGGAAGAUCUUCAAAUUGUGGAUACCUCUCCCUGGACUGUCAUAAGCGAUCAACAAAAGGGGCUACUCAAUGUCAUCCAAACCUUACUUCCUCAAUCUGAGCAUCGCAAUUGUGCAAGGCACAUCCAUGCUAAUUGGAGCAAGACACACCGGGGGAAAUAUAUGAAGCAACUGUUUUG